GACACGAGAGACGCAGACUCGUUUUCCAGCCUCAGUGGAGUUUGGAUUUAAAUCAAGGAGAGACGCUGAGCUCCAAAACACACCAGUCCAAAACACGCCCUUAAAAAUCUGCCACCUUUCACGCUUCCUGCUCUAAUUUUUAUAGUUUUAUACUGUUGUGUUUUCUAUUGCAUUUGCUCUCCACCCUGUUGAUGAACCAGUCAUAGCAGUGACAUAAGGAAUUUACCUCGCCCUUGGGGCACCAUGGUGCCUGUACAUCGUUCUGCUUUUUCCCCUCUCUCUCUCUCUCUCUCUCUUUUUCUCUGUGUGUGUCUCUCAAACAAACACACACUCUCUCUUUCUCUGAAACAAACCAGUGUAGCUCAGUGGUUUGUUGUCGGCAGUGCAGGCAGCUGUAUGGGGUAGCCCUCAUUUGGUGACCUCCUCUCCAUGGCUUGCCGUCUCUCCGCCGCUGGCUCCUACACCGUCGUCAUCAUCCCACUGAGGACCAGCCUUCACAGCCGGGAGGCCCUUCGCUUCUACCUAUGGAUUAAGCAGAUGAAGGACCUGGAAAAGGAGAAGGAUGCUCUGUGGUCGGGUCUGGAGGUUCUGGAGAAGGGUCGGCUGUGGUACGUCCAGCGGCUCGAGGAGAACAGGGCUCUGCGGUGCGUCGAGACCAGAUACAGCACCGGCGCUUCUCACAAACGUGCAGCAGAGGCUCGGUCCUGCUUCCCCACACACAUCCAGCAGGUUAACGGCUCCCUGGGCUCUAUAAUGAAUGAACCCAACGUCAGCAGCAAUCCCUGUCUCUGUGAUCCACUGGCGGACAGUGACCUCCGCUGGCGAAACACGGUACUGACUCAGAAAGUGAGUGAGAAAAACCGUCGGAUCUCCGUGUUGGAGCUGGAAAAGGAGGCUCUCCUUGAUGAGCUGCAGGAUCUGAAAUUCAGCUGAGUGCCGGAAUUCAAAAUGAGAUGAUCCGCACACCGUCGCCUCCCAGAUCCACUGAGUCUGAGACCCUUAGUCUUUUGUAAAUACAUAAAUAUUUAGUUAAAUGAAUAAAUUGCUAUAAAUUCUA